AUGCACGGACGCAAGGAUGCCAGUUCGGACCUCAGUUCCGGCGUUUCUUCCAUGGGAAUGUUGGUAUUGCACAAAUUUCUAUCCUCCAGUGAUUUGCGUUCCCUUCGUGUUCAGUUUUUGGAAACCGAUUCGCUGAAUCUGCCCUCAUUGGAUCAACGAUUUCAUGCGUUUCUCAAACGGCGUUGUCGUUUCUAUACGGAGCAGUCUUGGCGAUUGAUCGGUUUGUCGUUGAAUAAACUGCUAGACGAAUUUCACUUGGAUGGAAUAAUUGAUGCGAACAGUGAUCCGUCUUUGGACUUGUCUUUGAUGAGAGAAAUGCUUCCCCAUUUACCCACGGACUGUGCUUUCGCAUGCGUCGAGGAUGCCAAUCAGCACCCGGAAAGUCCGAACGAUUCCGAACUGCCUGCAUUACAACCGCAUCUUGGAAAUAAUCAAGAUGGCAUCGGCUCGCCGGGCUCCAUAAGGGAUAAAGUCUUCCUUCGUCUUCGACAACUGACUCAAGCCCUGUUUCAUGUGCAUCAGGCAUUAGACAGCACGCGAUCGGAUCUGUGUAAGGCGACUGAUCCGGCGCGGAUCAAUGCGGAUCUGUACAAGGCAACAUUGAGCAAGAUCAAACGUGAGCGUUUAUGA